AGAAAGAGAGAGUAGUCCAGGGGUGGUGAACCUUGGGAGACAGUCCCACUCCUCUCCAUAUCCUUCACUUUUCCAAAAACAGCAACUUGCUUGUCAGCAAUCAAUGCCCCACUUGAAUACGAAAUUCACUGAAUCCAACCGUUGGCUCUCCUCUGAUAUAACAUUAUUAUCAAAACAAGCAAGUAAUCUUCUUUUUAUGAAUCAUUAAUAGCAGGGCUUGGGGGUUAGAGUUGUGUGUUUGUUUUCAGAUAAUGGGGGUGGUGUGUUCUGUCUUUGCUGUUGCUGCCUGAUUUGGAAGCCCUUAACAUUUUUGCAAUCUUCAUCUCCGCCAGCAGCGAAAGCCAGUCGAGGCAUCGUAGUUGGUUUUUUUGAGGAAAGUUUCACCGUAAAGAUACUGGAGACAACUGCCAGUGCCAGUUAUCCAGAUAAUUAGUUACAGUGUUUGAAUCUGCUUUACAUUGUAGGAAUGGAGAUCCAAGAAGCUGCUCUGAUAGUUGAGUUUGUGAGGUUUUAACAUCUCUAGUGUUAGUGGUGCCUGAAGCCAUAACAGAAUAGCAUCAUUUUAUAUUUUGAAUUUGCGUUCAAUCUGUACCAGUAAAUUACUUUCUGGGUUGGAGAAGAAAAGUCUGAUCUUUCAGAUGGAAUUGCAAGAAAUUAAUCAAUUCCCACUGGAAGAAAUUUCUGGAAUUGGCAUUGGGUUUUUGUAAUCUUGACAAAUUGGGAACAUCUUAAAUGCGUAUUGAAGUUCCUGAAUCGGAUCUAAGACUGCCAAGAGGAAUCAUAAAUCUUGAAGAACAUUGUUCAAGCGGCAUUAUGGAUGUGAGAUCGAGGAAGGUUUCCAUGACAGCAACUACUAAGAAAACCGGUACUACUAAUCAUCACAAUCACCAUCAUGAUUAUCCUCAUGUGAUAGGAGGGAAGAAGAUGGAAUUGCAUCGAACCCUAUUGUCGCAUAGGAGCGGCAAGAGAUUGAUUCCAGCAAGUUAUAUCAGUUUGGAGUCGUUGCUUUUGCUAAUAUGUUUAACAGCUUCAUUGUUGAUCCUCCCAUUGAUUCUUCCACCUUUGCCGCCUCCACCUUUCAUGCUACUUCUGGUUCCUGUGGGGAUAUUUGUGGUGCUCAUGAUCCUGGCUUUCAUGCCUUCUAAUGUUAGGGACAUUACUUAUGCAUAUGUGUAAUUGGUGUACUUAUGUCUACUUACGCACCUUCUUCAUACCAGUUUUUUGUAAUUUAUUGUUGUCGUCUAGUGUUGAAAGAGGAAGAAAUAGUUCUUUUAUUUCUUUUA